UAAGACUUAUAAAAGGAGGAGGUCGAUUUCAACAUUUCUAGGUUGAAGGGGUUUGCGGCGAUCGCCUAAAAAUUGUCAAAUGUGGUCCCCAUUUCUUGGGUGCUGUGCCAUUGGACCGCUUUCGGUAGUCUGGCAGCGAUCCGGGACUCUCUUGAUUCAGAGUCCCGGAUCUGAGUAUAAAAUCACUCCCCUCAGUUGGUUUCUUAGCAUCUGAAGUGCUUCGCUUGGCGCCCGUCUGAUUCCAUUGCUUCACGGUUCUGAAUCCUCCUGCGUUCGUCGUUCGAUCAGAGUGCGAAGAUGUCGACUGCUCAGUUCGUCGUGGGAGUCAUUGGAAACGUAACCUCGAUAUGUUUGUUCUUGUCUCCUUUUACCACGUUUUUGAAAAUUAUAAAGCUGCGUUCCACCGAGGAGUAUUCGGCAGUCCCCUACGUUGCGACUCUGCUUAAUUGUUUCCUCUGGUUGCUGUACGGAUCUCCUUUUGUAAAGUGGGGAGUCCUCGUCGUUACUAUCAACGGGGCUGGCGCCUUCAUCGAACUUUUUUACCUCUGUUUAUACUUGGUUUAUUCGAAGGAUAGACGAACGAGGAGGAAUGCAGUGCUCAUGAUAACGGCCAUUGUUAUUUUCUUCGUUGCGGUGUUGCUCAUUAACUUGCUGGGUAUCCAUCGCCACAGUAAAAGACAAACCGUCGUUGGUAUUCUGUGUGUGAUCAUUGGAACGUCUAUGUACGUGUCCCCGUUGACAAUCAUGAAAACUGUCAUUACAACCAAGUCAACGGAGUUCAUGCCGUUACCACUGUCAGUCUUUAAUCUACUGAACGGUAUAGUAUGGACCACUUAUGCGUUGAUAGGCCACGACUUGUACAUCACGAUCCCAAACGCCCUAGGAGUAUUUUUCGCUCUUUGCCAACUCACUCUGUACGGAUGCUUCUGUGGAAACACCAGAAGAAUGCCAACUGAGAUUACUGAGGUUACUGAGAAUGGGAAGGGAGUGCCUCCAGACGUGAUGUCCGUGGGUACAGCUCAAUUUCAAAACCAUGCAGAAGUUUAACAGUAGCUGGAACAUUGGUUCCCGGGUACUGGUUGUACAGCUCGUCUUGUUUUGUUCAGGCUUGUUAAAUAUCAUCUCGUUUUCAUCCCGCUUCUUCGAUACUCACAUACCGUGUCAGCUAAUAAGGAUUCAAUCUGCAGAAUCCGCAACAGUGAAGUGAGACGUUGAGAUUAGUUUAGUUCGGUAAUCUUUGCAGAGCGUUCUUAUUGUCAGGAUUAGAGUGAAGACGAGUACAGAGAAAGUUGUCGGAGUCUUAGUAAUGCUUUGCAGGAAAGGCUUUUGUGUUUUUGAUCUCUUCAAUGCCUCUCUGCAAAGAGAUUAUACCGCCAAAUUGCGAAGAGACUGUUCAUUGGUUGGCAAUAAAAUACCAAAUUUUCCA